AUGAAUACCAGACAACAGUCUAAAUUGAAAAAACCUACCUCUGUGAAAAUGAAUAAAGCUAAUAAUAGCUAUAUUCACCUACAAGCUGAUGAUUUUGAAGACAAAACUGUUACGCAGGAAGAAAUACUAUCAGAUGUUCGAAACAAACUAGCCAGUGAACAAUCCAAGAAUAAUGAGCUGAGUGAAAUCAUUGUAAAAUUAAAAGAAAAAACAGGAAAACUAUCUAAUGAGCUUUUGAAUAAAGAAAAAAACCAUUAA